AUGAUGAAGCUCAAGUCGAACCAGACCCGCACCUAUGACGGCGACGGCUACAAGAAGCGGGCCGCGUGCCUGUGUUUCCGCAGCGAGAGUGAGGAGGAGGUGCUACUUGUGAGCAGCAGUCGUCAUCCAGACCGGUGGAUCGUCCCUGGAGGGGGCAUGGAGCCCGAGGAGGAGCCGGGCGUGGCCGCAGUCCGUGAAGUCUGUGAGGAGGCUGGAGUAAAAGGGACAUUGGGAAGAUUAGUUGGAGUUUUUGAGAACCAGGAGAGGAAGCAUAGAACGUAUGUCUAUGUGCUCAUUGUCACAGAAGUGCUAGAAGACUGGGAAGACUCAGUCAGCAUUGGAAGGAAGCGGGAAUGGUUUAAAAUAGAAGAUGCCAUAAAAGUGCUGCAGUGUCACAAACCGGUGCAGGCGUCGUAUUUUGAAACGUUGAGGCAAGGCUACUCAGCCAACAACGGCACCCCGCUCGUGGCCCCUACAUACUCAGUGUCUGCUCAGAGCUCGAUGCAGGGCAUCAGAUGA